CGAACCACAUUUCCCAGCAGGCCCUGCAGGUCUCCAGCGCCUGCGCCCUAGCAGCGUAGGCAGCACCGCGGAACUCCCGCGCUACCCAGGCACUGGGUCUUCUCUUGCCCUGGGCAUGGAGGGGGUCCCGGUGGUGGCGACAGGCUGCGCGGGCGCUGCCACAACCGAGGGAGCAGCAGCCGUGCUGCCCCCGCCUGCGGUCUCCCCGCCUGCCCUCACACCAGCGCCCGCAGCGGGUGAGGCGGCUCUACCGCCUUUGCCUGAGGCGGGGGCUCCCGGCUGCUCAGGCUCCCGGCCCCCUGAGCUAGAGCCGGAGCGCAGCCUGGGCCGCUUGAGGGGCCGCUUCGAGGACGAGGACGGGGAGUUGGAAGAGGAUGAGGAGCUGGAGGAGGACGAAGAGGAGGAGGAGGAGGAGGAAGAGGAGGAGAUGAGCCACUUCUCGCUGAGGCUGGAGGGGGGCCGGCCGGACUCGGAGGACGAGGAGGAGCGCCUGAUUAAUCUCUCUGAGCUGACUCCAUACAUCUUGUGUUCCAUUUGCAAAGGUUACUUAAUAGAUGCAACUACCAUUACAGAAUGCCUUCAUACUUUUUGUAAAAGCUGCAUUGUAAGACAUUUUUACUACAGCAACAGAUGUCCAAAAUGCAACAUAGUAGUACAUCAGACACAACCUCUUUAUAACAUAAGUGCUAAUGAAGGUACAGGACAUUUUAAGCCAUUGGAAAAGAAAUUUGUCCGAGUUUCAGGAGAAGCAACUAUUGGACAUGUAGAAAAAUUCCUCAGAAGAAAAAUGGGUCUUGAUCCUGCUUGCCAGGUAGAUAUCAUCUGUGGCGAUCACUUGUUGGAGCGGUAUCAAACUCUGAGGGAAAUACGGCGUGUAAUAGGUGAUGCAGCAAUGCAGGAUGGCCUGCUGGUCCUUCAUUAUGGUCUUGUGGUUUCUCCUCUGAAAAUCACUUGAAGAUGUGAGGACUAUUAUGAGGCAGGAAACAAAACAAGGAGGCCUCUGCAGGAUCACAGCUCACCAAAGAUUUCCACAACACAUGUAUUACUACCACUUUGUGCUGUUUGAGACAUAACUUACCUGUUUUCAGCACCAAGAAUCAUAGCAUUUAUAGGUACAACUUGGAAAUGAUGGGAUGCAUCUGUUUUACUAGAGAUUGUAUGUAAAAAGCAUCCAUAGCUCAGGGGAAAAAUUUCAAAGCAUUGAAGAAUUUUUUAAUUCCUUGUGAUUUCAAAUACUUUAACAAUGAUUUUGUUUCCUUAUCUUUGAGGUAAAUUGGUUACUGUUUUCUUCCUUGUUGAGCCAUUUCCCUUUCAAGUUGGUGGUUAGGACUCUGCUUUCUGGAAUGGUAUCAGUUGGGCAGUCAUCCUUUUGGGAAAAAAGUAUGCUUUUUAACUGAAGAUUCAAAGCCAGUUUUUGUUAAACUAUAGAGUGUACCUUAGACAAAGACCAAAACUAUUAGCCACUUUUGUAUGUUGCCAUCAUAUUUUGAACUUCUCAUUUUUUUUUUUUUUACCAGCAAUACUACUACAGAUUAUUAUUCACUUCUAAAAGGGAUGAAUUAUCAUUACUCUGUGUGAAGAAACUGUCUCCCAUAGGGCUUAUGGCUCAUACCAUAAGCCUUCAGUGUAAGACUUCUUUAACAUAUCUUACAACAAGGGGUGCCUCUUUGCAAUAAUAUUAUUUGAGUACAUAGUGUGAUUGUUGGUAUCUUGUAGAGGCACUGCUUCUGAAAAUAAUAAAUUUGAGAAGUUUACAGAAUAUUCAUUGUUUCUUCAAUAAGUCAGUUUAAGUAUUUUUUCCAAUUACUUUGUUACUGGAAUAAAGAAUACAGGUGUUUGAGAUCUCAUUUGCAUGCAAAAAUUUCAGUUUAAACAUUAUUUUACCUAAAAUUAGCAUUGUGAUGCUUUCUUAAAGAAAUAUUUUGUAGACCCUGUUUCACUGCAAAAUUGCCAGGUCUGCUUAGAAAUGAUUACAAUUGGAUAUGAAUUGGCAGUUAUUUUGUAAGGAAUUUGUGAAUUGUGUAUCUCUUCUAACAUUUAAUAAAAAAAUUUUUGAUAAAAAUUUAUUUUAACCUA